UUCCGCCGGCGCCGAGCGCAGUGAACGAGUAACUCGCUACGUCCGUGACGUUCUACAUCUUGUAGUUGCAUCGCGUUAAUUCGCUGACGUCGUCAAUGAUUCGCUGACUUUUACGCCUUAUCCAAAGUCGUAACAUUAUUUUGGGAUUCGUGCAAUCGUUGGCUCGCGACGUCGCAGUAACGUCUUGCGUCACAUGACGCCGAAGUUUCCCGCCCGACGACUAUCUGUUGCUUAUUCAUCGCGCAAUCGCAGUGAGUACGCUCCGUGAUGGCGCUUUCUUCGAACGCCGUUAACUUCCUUUCCGACAAUUUUUAUUUUCUAAUACAGAACAUAAGUUCUUAUAUUAAAUUAGGGCAUGUCCGUAGUAUUAUUAAGUGAGGUCAUGGUAGCCUGAGGUGGAAAAGAGCGAUGCUAAGUGCUAGUUUGCGUAAGUGUCAGGGCGGGCGGCCACGUGUAGUUGGUGCGGCGUGUGUGCGGGUCGCGGGCGGGCGGGCGCGGAUCGAUGGCCGGGCCGGCAACGGCAGUGCCGCGGCGGACGCGAGCGGGGCGGCGGGGCGGCGCGGUGCCGCAACGACACUCGGCCCACUCGGCACGUGCGCCUCCGCGCCCGCGCUAGCGCUAGCGCGUCCUUCACGCGCGAUCACCGCUCGCACACUUGACGCGCGCUCGUCCGAUAUGGACACGCUUUCCGAUGACGAUGAGUACGCGCGCCGGGAGCACCAGAUCAGUAGCCUGGUGGCAACACGCGGUGAGGCGGCAGGUGGCGCAGCUGUUCAGCGCGUGGGUGCCGCGGUGUGCUGCGCGGUGGAGCGCUUCGUGGCGGUUGGAGAGACGAUCGCUGACGACAACCCCGACGUGCGCCACAGCAUGGUCCUCGCCUGCAAGGAAGCCCGUGCCGCAGGGCGUGCUAUCGAGCGGGUGUGCAGCACCGGAGGCGCGGGUGGCGGGAUUGCAGAGGGCGCGGGGAUGGUGUGCGCGGCGCGAGCGCUGCUGGCCGCUGUCACGCGCGUGCUGCUCCUCGCAGAUAUGGUGGUCGUGCGACAGCUCCUACUGGCCAAAGACAAGGUGGCGCGUUCCCUGGACCGUUUGGAGUCUGUGUCUAACUUUGCGGAGUUCGUUCGCGCGUUCACUGAGUUCGGUGGCGGGAUGGUGGAGUUAGCGCGGUUGACAGCGGAGCGGCGCGCGGACCUGCGCGACGAGAGACGACGAGCGCAAGUCGCCGCCGCCAGGAAUGUUCUAGAACGAUCCACGCUCAUGCUACUCACAUCCUCUAAGACGUGUAUGAGGCACCCAGGCAGUGCCUCGGCGAGGGAGAACCGUGACACUGUGUUCUGUCAGAUGCGACGAGCCAUGGACCUCAUACACUACGUAGUGCGCGACGGUCUGCCCGGACACGAGGAGCAAUCGCACGAGGCGGCGCAGUGGGAGGCGGGCACCGCGUUGGGCGCACUGCGUGGGCUCACAGCGCAGGUGCGGGCGGCGCGGGCGCGUGGCGGGGCUGAUGCAGCGAGGAGGCGAGCCCUUGCCAGCACCCUCCGAGCCCUGGUCGAGAGGACACACGACUUCACUGACUCCGCAUACACCUCGCACGACCACAGACAAAGAAUAUUAGCACUCGCCGAGAGGAUAGCCUACGAAUUAGAAAGGCUAGUCGCCGUUGCUGUUUCUAUGGAGGAGCAGAGCGGUGGCAGCAGUUGCGGAGGUGGGGCGGCGCUCGAGAGCGCGUGCGCAGGCGCGGCGGGGGCGGCGGGUGAGCUGGAGCGCGCGCUAGUGGCAGCGGCGCGGGAGCAGGCGCGAGACCUGCCGCCUCUGGCCGAGGACGCGCGCCGCCUGGCCGCCGACCUCGCCUACAUAGGUAACCCCCCGCGCUCCAUAGCGAGCAGCGGCAGCGAGAGAGAAUCGGAGAGACUGCACAAUAUAGCCAGCCGGCUGCACGAACAAUUAGAUCAUAUUAUAGAGGUAUGCAAACUUCUCCGGCAUAUAGCAAUGUCGGAAACUUUACAAGUGAGUGCAAAGUUCGCUGAAAUCAACCUUAGGAUAUACGGUCCGCAAGUGGUGACGGCGGCGCGGACGCUCGCAGCGCACCCCGGCAGCGCGGCCGCGAGGGAAAACCUCGACGUGUUUGUAGACAUGUGGGCGUGGCUGCUGAGCGACGCUGCACGACUAGCUAAGGAACUCCUCGACCUCACAGAUGACAGACCAGACAAACAGCAAUACAGCAGUUUACCAAGGCCUGGGAAACAUGGGACGACAAGUAAACCUCUGAAAGCUGUGCGGUUAGAUUCAGAUGAACAAGCUAAAAUCGCCAAGUCGGGUCUGGAGAUGAAAAUGAUGUCCUCUGAGAUGGACGCAGAGACUGAAAAAUGGCAGGGAGCUGACGAGAAUAAUGAUAUUGUGAAGAGGGCGAAAAAUAUGUCUUCCAUGGCCUUCGCUAUGUACCAAUUCACAAAAGGUGAAGGCCGACUAAAUACGACGCAAGACCUCUUCACGCAAGCUGAGUAUUUUGCAGAAGAAGCGAAUAGAUUGUACAAAAUAGUUCGACAAUUCUCAUACCAGGUCCCAGCGGGAACGAUGAAGAAGGAGUUGUUAGAACACUUGGACAAGGUGCCGACGUAUGUGCAGCAGCUGCAGUUCACGGUGAAGGAGCCAACGGUAGGACGCGCCGCCACAUUCAGCAAAGUCGACAACGUCAUCCAGGAGACCAAGCACCUCAUGAACGUCAUCAGCAAAGUAGUCACCACCUGCUUCGAUUGCGCAAACAAGUACAAACUCGACUUCACCGGUUUGUCCGCGGGCGGCGCGGGGUCAGGCGCGGGCGGACGGGCCCGAGACGAGGACACGGCGGGCGGAGGCGGCGGCGAUGCGAAGCCCGGCGGGAGCUCCUCCGACACGGCUAUGUGACAGUACGGCAUGGGCCGGCGCGGCAAGGGCGACGCGCGCCGGACCAGGGUCAGCUUCCUCUUGUUCUAAAGGCUUUAACGUCUUGAACUCGUCGCCUCGGGUCGGACGGACAAACGCUGCGGGCUCGCUUACAACAAUACAGUUGUCUAUCACCCAAUAUUGGUACGUGUCUUCAUUUUAAGAUAUUUGUAAUCUUGCUAGUAAAGACUUUGAUGUGAUACAUAGUCGCUAGAAUUGCCAAAGCAAAUAAUAAAACUUUUUAAAAUUGUACAUAAAUUUCAUUAGAAGCGACUGUUAAAUACCAAAAACGGUAAAAGCUAAACAUCAAUUAUAGUAUAUAGUAAAAGUUUAAAGUUGUGAUAACAAUAUGAAAUACAGCAAAUUGAUCUAAUGAACUCAAAAGUACAUUUUAUUGGCUUAUAAAGAGAGAUAUUAGAGCCAUUAUAGGUUUACAUUUUCCUAAAGUGAUCUGUGGCGUUUGUCCUUUUCCGACCGUUUUGCUGUCAAUCCAUUGAACUGUUUGGAAAUAAACUGUUUUGAUGGGUUGCAGCAAACAUUUAGUUGUAUAACGAUAAUUAGUGCGAUAGACAGAUAAAGCUUCGGCAGACCACUUGCGACACACAAAAGCAUAUACGUAAUGCUGACGCCAAUUAAAAUAAGGUACAUGUUGAUUUGAUUUUUGUAUAAACGAACAUAAAAAUACGAUGAAUUUUGAUGUAAUUUUGUUAUACUGGUCUAUUACGUCAUUUUACGUAUUUUCACAUUCAAUCUUUUGUACUUCUAGUGUAAGUAGCAAUCAUGUGAGACGUUAGGAUACAUCACAAUGACAUCGUAAAAUGUGAUCAUAAAUUAAUGAGUGAAAACGUACAAUAAUCAAUAUUUAUUACAUUUUAAUGUUACACAUUGUUAUAUCAAAUACGUAAACGACACAGAGGAUACUAUUUUUUUAUGUUUCCCCCUUAGAUAAUAUUUUAAUUAUCAUAAACUUUAUGUAUAGUAUGUAUACUAACCCAAAUGCUUUUAUUAAAUUUUAUGUUUAAAUCUGUCUUCUAAAACGCACACUUGCACCUUUGUGGUCCUGUCGCACUUUUUUUUGUUUUUUGCACGGCACGCUUCCUCAAUUUGUUUGGCAGUAUAAUAGUUACUUGUACAUGGCAACAUACAACAUUCUACUUCAAUAACACUGCGUCACUAUCAUUCGAUGUGUAUCCGUGUUAGCCUUUUGUCUUAUCCAUUUCGUGUAUAUAGUGCGGUUAUUGAUAUGAGACUCGCGUGGCGGACACUGCAUGAUUGUGAAACAAAAAAGAUAGAUGUGUGUUGCAUGUGUGUAUACGUUAUGGAUGUCGUACUUCAUCUGUCCAAGGGGGAAGAUGUUAAGCACUAAGAUGAGGGAAAAUUGACUCUGGUUGCUCCUAGCACCCACGUCGCCUGAGAAACUAUGUGUUAUAUAGACCAUUCGCCGCAGUAACGCAAAGGGCAGGGUAAAGACAGGCGUUGCACCCGCCUUGCAUGCGCCCGUGUGAUUUCCGCUGGCCUUGCGAUCAUACCGCUAGCAUGCUCGAACAACGACUUGGCUAUUGAUGUUGGCAAUAAUUAACAUAUCACGUAUUUGUUAGGUGUUAAAUUGUUUAUUGUAUAUCACGUUAUUUAGUGUAUAAAACAUUGUAGGUUGAAAAUAAACGUGCCUCGCUCUUAGUUUUAUAUUUGGAAUAUCGUUAAACAAGUGAUCGUGGUAACAUCAGUUACUUCAUAUUUAGAUUUUUAUAUUGGCUUAAAUAUGUAACUAAGCAAUAAAAUUACUUUCUAGAUACAUUUCAUCGAAAUA